UUCAACCUCUUCAGACCGACCGCAGACAACAAGACACACCAACACUUCUCCCUGCACAGCGAGGACUCUCAGACGCUGCAGAGACUCUGGCCAGGAAGAUGAAGAAGAUGAAGGGGGCACUGCUGAUUGUUCCCAUUGCACUGGUGGUCUUAGGGUUAGGGUUCAUGUAUAAUGACGGUGACACAGCUAUGAUCACAACUAAAAGAUCACCAAAGAAUCCUACUGUACAAACUCCAACCGUGACUCCUGAUUCUGCAGAAGAGCAAUGGACCACAGGGUCUCCUCGGUCAAAUUUGAAUGGGAAGAUGGUCACGCUGUCUCAUAAUGGAGGAGGAGGAGUAGCUUUCUAUCCCACUUAUUACGUUAAUACCUCUGACUACCAAACUACUCCACCCCCAACUCGUUCUUACCCCUAUCGUCUCUACCCCUAUGGAUCCUACUCAGAUCGUCCCUACUACUAUUCAAACUACCGCAAUCGAUUCUACCCCACUCAAGCCUACCGCAAUCGAUUCUACCCCACUCAAGCCUACCGCAAUCGAUUCUACCCCACUCAACCCUACCGCAAUCGAUUCUACUUCAAUGAACCCUACCGCAAUCGAUUCUACCCCGCUCAAACCUACCCCGAUAAAUUCUACCCCACUCAAGCCUACGCCAAACCUGCCACCACUCCCACCACUCCCUACCCCACUACUCGCUACACCCGUCCCUACACCACCACUCGCUACCCUUAUUGGACCACUCAAUACCCUAAUUGGACCACGGCACCUACCACUGCUGGUGUGUCAGUGUGUGUGCGUUACCUCACUGACUUUGACGAGAGAGGAAACCCCACCCUCUUCACCCUGAGUCCGUCCAGCAGAACCGCUCUGAGGCUGACAGCCACGUCCAAUGGUUGGUAUACGCUGGCCUGGGACAGAUUCAGUUACUACAAGCUGAGCUUAAGAUCCAACAAUAGGUUCUGGUCAAACAUUGGACCGGAGCUCUGGACCAGAGUCUGCCUCACAGUGGACACCAUUAAGAACGUGGCCCAGGUGUUCAGCGGCUCGACCAUGAGCAUCAGGAAGAUGCUGCCGAUUAAGUAUGUGUGGUCAGGUGAGCCAGUGAUUGAGUUUGCGGGUUUUGACGGUCAGGUGACAGAUGUCCAGAUGUGGGAUUAUCCUCUCGCCUACAACGAAAUCUUCAACUACAUGAGCGGCGGUGUCUACAGUUCGUACAGCGGCUCCGUCCUCACCUGGUCCAACAUCGGAUAUAAUCUCAGAGGAAAUACGCUGUUGGAGCAAAGGUACGAGAUGAAGGAAAACGAGAUGAAGGAAGACGAGAAGAGCAGCGAGAAGAGCAGCAAAAAGGAAAAAAAGAGUCGUGUAACGUGGGAGAAGAUGUACAGGAAGCUUUUGAAAGAAAUUGGAAGGAGAGAGAGAAAGAAAUUCUCACAGCUUUAAUAACAUGAGAAUGUGUUUAAUAUUCAAAAAUCUACCAACAGCUUUCGAGCUUCUUUUGUACUUUGCUUACAACAUUGUAACUGCAAUCCCUGCCAUCAUCUGAGCUUUCUCUAAUAAUGGUCGGGGUUUUAUUUUUAUAUACAAAGAGGGGGAGGGGGAGGGGGGACAAAACGCCUUUCUAUUGUACAGCUGAGGUGUAUUUUCAUCAUACAUUUAUGUUACUAUGGUUUCAUACUGACUGUGCAGACCAAUGUUGUGCUGAGCUCAAUCAUAAAAGUAUUAAAGAUGUUACUGAUUUGAUAAGUUCAUGUGAUUAUAACAGAAUAAACAUCUUUAUAUUGCUCUUUUAAAUGUUUCCUAAUUUUGUAAUUGUUAAAAAAAAACAAUAAAAAAGACAUUG